UUACACGUCGAUGCACGUUUAAAAACAUUUUAUUUAGAAAUUUAGCCUAAAUACGCAUAAUAGACUAAUAGUGGAAAGAAGCGUGUCGAUACUGAAAAAUUUAAAUGCAAAUUAAAAGAAGAAAACAAAUAUGGUAAAAGAAAUUUUUAUUUUAAAAAAAGUCUUCUACGACGAUGAUGCUAUCGACGCUUAUAGUGAUCAAAUAACGUAUUAUAACAAUAAUCGCCCUAAAUACUCUCAUAGGAAAGGAAGAAAUGAAUUUAGAAAUAGAAAUUGGGAUUCUAGAUUAAUAGAAGAUAUGCAAAGGCAUGACCGAAAAUACAUAAGGAACGAGCGAAGUACAAAUAUUCGAAUUCCUGUUGAAAUUUCUUACAAAAAAUACAACAAAGCACAUAAAAGUAAUAGUAGAAACCUUUUGAAAUAUUAUAAUGAAAAAGAUAUACCCCCGUCCAGAAAAAAUAUGUUGCUUUAUGAUGAGCUCGCUUUCGAAAAAGCACCGUCAUCAAAGUUUACCGACCUUUCAAUAAGCCACGGCAACUACUCACCCAUGGAUCGUAAUUUAAUUUCUUCAAGUAAUGAUGAUAACUAUAUUCGUUCCGGUGUAUCAAAAAAGUAUGUUGUUAAUAGCGACCGUUCUUUAAAAAACUAUUACUAUGAUAAAGAUGAUUCUUUCAAUGAAAAUGUUAGUACUAAUCGAAAUGCUAGAAACUCAUUCAACCAAAAUAAUUUCUUAAAUCUUCCAAAACCACCAGAUGAAAAUUUAGGUAAUAAACUAAAUUCGUCUUUUCAUAACACAGAUAAAAUAAACACUACUGAGUAUAACUUCUUGAAUAAAGGGAAUGAAGACAAAAGAAGAACGGAAAUCAAUACUAUGGAGGCAGAUGAUUUUGUUGAUAACAAAAUAAAACAUAGUAGCAACGAGGAUAGAAACAAAACCUCUAAAAAUAUUUACAACGAAUCACUUACUUCAACAAAAAAUAACUCCGCAUAUCGUAUUAAACAUUACAACGCAAAUAUCGAACCAUCUAGCUUUAAUGUUAGAAAUGAAAAUAAUGCACAAAAACAAAGUUUAUCUCUUGACAACAAAAAUUUAAUGAGUGAAGAAAAAUAUUAUGAUAAUGAAGAAGUUAAUCAAGAUUAUUUUUAUUCCAAAAAAUUUAACUCCGUAUCAAAUGAUAGUCGUCAGAAUGACAGACUUCAACUAAAUCGCUGUGAAGACGAUAACUCUCGGUACGAUAAUCGACAGUUCGAUAACAGCCAAAAUGAUAGCCGACAGUACAGUAGCCGUUUCCAAGACAACAAUAAAUGGAAUGAAUAUCAGACCGAAAAUCCAGAAAGUAAUGCAAAUAUUUCGUUUAACAAAAACAAAAAACAAUUAAAUGAAAAUAUUCACGACAUCAAUGAAAAACAAGACGACACGAUGUAUUCAGUUGUAUCUAAGCCUAAUUCAGUGUACGAAUCAAAAAGAAAUAGCUCUUUAAACAAAUCUCAAAAUAAAACUGAAGAAGAAAAAAUCAACAAAAACGAGUUUUCAAAUGCUAAAAUUUAUCAGGAUUUUAACGAAGAAAAAAAAAAAAAUGUGCAGCCACGAAAAUAUAAUGUAACGUGGCAAAAUACGCCAGACUAUGAUUCUGAAAGGAAACAAUCUCUAGAAACAAUUUCGGAGAAAUCUUUUCAAAAUCAAAAUCCAGACAACGAAAAAAGUCCUACAAGAUUUGUUUCAAAUAUACCAGGAAACUCAAUAGAUGAUAAUCUGGAUGCAGACGAAAACGCGUUGCACUUGAGACGCAUAUAUGGAAAUGAAAGUAUACCAUACAGUUUAAGCAGAAGUGAUGAAAAUUCAAUUUAUAUUUCGAAAACAUCAAUUGACAAAGACGGUUCCACAACGAACAAUGAGUUAAAUCUAAAGGUGCCGAACAGUUAUCAAGAGAGUAAGAAGAUAUCAGAUGAAAAUGUCAAUGAAAUUUCAAAAAAACUAUCCAAAAAUAAUUCUGGUGAAGAGAAAAAAACUUCAAGAAAAAGUUCUAUCAGUGCUUUUUUUAAUUUUUCAAAACCACGUGAUUCUAAGGAUGCUACCUCAAAUGGUAACGAAUCGUUUGAUUCAAAAGGUUCCAUUUCUAAAAACAGUAAACGAAGUUCAAAGAGCUCAAUUUUUAGCCGUAAAAAAUCCCACGACUCAAAGAGUUCAGUUUCAAAUGACGAAAACUUACCAGAUUGGAAAAAUCAAAGUUUUAAUGGUAAUAAAUCAGGUGGUUCUGAGAGUUCAACUUUUAUUGGUAAUAAAUUAAGAGAAGAAGGCGAAACAGCAAAUUCGUCUACUGAUGAUCAAUCAGAACUAGAGAACUCUAUUGAUAGCAAUGACGAGUGUCCAGAAGGUAGAGUGCUUCGAAACGGAAGAAGAGAAAGUUACAGAGAUCUUGCAACUCGAAUAAAAGAAAACACAGUAUACCCCACACCAACAUUUUCUCGUUUUGAGGUUUUGCCAAACACAGAACUCUCUUUAUGUAAACUAAAACCAGACUAUCCUCCCAUGUUUAUAAAUCGAAGUUGCGAACAAGGUAUUUUUGUUGGCGAUCAAGGAAUUCAGAAAGAUGCGGUCAAAUCUGGCGCUUAUGCAGCAAUUUACUGCGAAAACUGCAAACAAUUUGUUAAUAAAGAAUGUGGCCCUGAAUGUAAAGGCCUUGAUUAUCAGGACUCGGUUGGUAAAAAACAAGAAAACGAAAAUAAAAAGCAAAAAUAAGUAACAAUAAAUAUUUAACUAGAAACCAAUUAAUCUUUGGUAUUCUAUAAUACAAAGUAUAAUAAACAAUUUAUUUUUAAGAUGAUAAAUUUAUUAUAGUAAUUGGUAAAAUCUAAUAUUCAGUAAUUUUUUAAACUCGGUUUUGUAUACUUUUUAUAUGGUGUGUUUAUUUGUAAAGGUGUUUGUAUAUUUUCAGUAUGCAGUAAUCAUAUUUGUUUUUAUACAACAUGUUUUGCAAGUUUUAUGGUUUUUA